AUGAUAUAUCGCUAUGCAAAGAGAAAUCUCUUUACUUUUUCCUUCUACGCCUCGUUGCUUUGCUAUGGCAUUCAAGCAUGCAGAACAUCUUCGAAUAAUCCAUGGACAGUGCAACUGCCCACCUCGACAACUCCAAUCCAUACCCAUUUCGCAGCGAGCAUUGCUGGAGUUACUAGUGAUAAUAAAUACUCUAUCGCUAUAACCGGCAACACAGGCAAUAUCACCCAGAAUAAUCGAACAACCGAUGUAAUCAUUAAGGAUCAGAUUCCUUUUGGUGGAUCUCUUGUGCUAUAUAGCUUCAUCGGAACGGAUGCAGAUAGCAUCCUUUUAGGCUGGGCGUAUUGCACAGGGGAUGAGCUUACGUCGUUGUUCCUCGAAGCGACGGAUAGAACCGCGGGCUUCACAAACAGUCCUAUAACAGGCAGCUGCAACAUUGCAAAUGAAGCAACGAGCGUCAACCUCGUGACAAAUGCCGGGUGCCUAAGUGUCACACAACCGUCUAUAGUACCAGCAAUAGAUGGAGGCAACAAACUUUCUCUCCAGAACAGCAGCGUCGGCAAUGUCACACUCGGCCGUGAGGAAUUCAAUCUGAUUCCGUUUGCAAUCAUCGAUUGCUCUCGCUGCUCAGCGGGGAGUUUAGCAGCUUGA